UUUAUCCUCGGAGAAAACGAAUGAUUCAACUUUGAAGAAGAGGUUUUCUUUCUGCGCACCUCAAAUGUCUUCAGGGUCAGUUAUGCGCGGCCGUCAAACAUUCGUGAAUGAAUCGUAUUGCGUGACGUCAUUGUCAGCCAACGUAGCUGGCCAGCCGGUUUGUAAGGCUCGUCCGUGACAGAGGGUGGCGAAUCCAUGAGGUGGCGCGUGCGCCCUCCUGUCACGCGAUGCAUCCGAAGAAACACGGAUGCCAGCCACGGGGCGGGCAAGCAAGCAGCCAGACAGGCAGGCUCCGUCGUCGUUUCUUUUAUUUUUUUUCGUCACCGUCCGCGUUUCGGUGUGAGAGAGCGGCAGCAACGAGAGAAAUGCAACGGCGAGAAGAAGCUACGAAGAUCGGAAAAUAUCGCCCUCACAACUGAAGAGAUUCCGUCACUCGCGCGCUUCCCUUCCCUGCGGACAAACGGCCACCACCGUAACGCAUCCAUUUAGGAGCUGUUAGUGUGAUUCAUCCCGUGAAUUUCCCAGAGGGAUUUAUUCAUUCUAGUAUCGCAUUUCUUUUUUUCCUUCCUCUCAGUAGCAAGAAGAGAAAAAGAGAGAGAGAGAGAAGAGCGUCUGCGCUCCGAUCUGUUCAGUGUGUUCUAUUCGAAUUGAUCGAUAAUACAAAUCCAGGAUAAUUGGGUCGCGCGCGACUAAUCGCGACCUGAAUAACAUAUAGAAUUGCGCUUCCAUCUGCGAGGAGGAAAGUGUUAGGAGGUGGAGGUGGAUUUUCGCCGGGGAGAGAAGCUUUUAUAAUUUACAUUGGAUAUUUGUUUUUAUGCCUUGGGCUACCUCUACAUAUAUGAUGAAAUUGCAGCUGCUGGUUAUCGAGACGGAUUAUUGCUGGAGGAAAGCGUUGCUUAGGAUGGUAUUGGAUCCCAAGGCCACCAGUUUGCAUAACGAUUACGGAAGCUUCGAUCGACCGUUGGGCGCCGGGGAGGGCCACGAGAGGGACGAAGCGGCUGUUGAUGGAAGUAGCAGCGGGAUGGCUCAGUCCAGCGACGUUUAUCAACGGCAACCGUUGUUGCCUGGCGCGCCGCUGUCCAAGAGCAAAGACAAGUGGUCCUCGGGGGUGGCUUCGGGCUCGGACUACUACGAGGACGAUGAGGAUGAGAAGGAUAUCGAGAGUCUCGGCAGGCAUCCUGGUAUACCAAACGGUUCCGGCAGCGGUAUUGUCAAGAUCGACAUACCAGCACCCCUUCGCGAGGAGCCGCGCUUCCCCAAGGAAAAGUGGAAGACCUUUCUUGCAUUUCUCUUUAUGGUCGUCAACUUUAUACUGACGACGGCUUCCCUCGCGAUGGUGCACGAGCGUGUCCCAGACAGAAAUGCGUAUGGUCCGCUUCCCGACGUAGUGUUGGACAACGUUGUCGCGCAGGAUUGGGCGCUCAAUGUCUCAGAAGUCCUGAUCAUGAUCAUGUCCAACUGCGCCAUGGUUUUUAUUAUUUUCCAUAAGCAUAGAUUUAUAGUAGUUAGACGAGUAUUUCUCUUGAUGGGGUUGCUCUACAUGAUGAGAAGUGUCACGAUGUACGUGACGGUCCUACCGAUCGCCAGUAAGACUUACUACUGCAGUCCGAAGGCGAACAACACCAGUCCGCUACUUGUGACGAAGAGGGUCCUGCAGCUCAUUUCAGGCUUCGGCUUGUCUAUCAACGGCAAGCACACUUACUGCGGGGAUUACAUUUACAGCGGACACACGGUCGUACUCGUGCUCAGUUAUCUAAUCAUUAAGGAAUAUUCUCCAAAGAGAUGUCAACCGAUCCAUUGGGGAGCGGGUUUGGCGGUGCUCGUCGGGGUAAUUAUGGUUUUGGUAGCUCACGGCCACUACACCGUGGAUGUACUUAUAGCGUAUUAUGUUACUACACGCUUGUGGUAUAUUUAUCACACGCUGGCCAACAACCCAAAUCUUAAGCAAUAUGGACCAAACAACUUUUUGGCCCGGCUCUGGUGGUUCCAUAUCUUCAAGUAUUUCGAGAAGAAUGUAGGCGGCACGGUGCCACGACAAUAUGAUUGGCCUCUACCCUGGCCUCGACGGUUUCUUGCCAAGCACCCUAACCGAGAUAGUUAAUACUUGUCUUGACUUCAUGAUAGAGGCUGUUAAAAACAAAAAAGUUACUUUCGUUGUAUAUAUUAUAUACAUACAUACAUAUAUAUAUACAUACACACACACAAUCUGCAUAUACACAUUUAGGCUUGUUAAAACGUUGAGGUAAAAAUAUGGACUAGAGAAAGAUAUAUAUAUAUAUGGGACAAAUGAUCGUUCCUUAAGAGCGACCAUACGUUUGUUGAAGCAUGUGAUGCUUUAUGUCGUUCACUUCUUUGUAAAACCAAUCGUGACCUCUCGGACACAAUACUCUCCCUCUUUUUUACUCAUUCAUUCACUCUCACUUUCACUCUUACUCUCACUAUCACUAUCACGUAAAGCCAUCGUCCAAUCGGCCCGAAUUUAUUUUUCGCUUGAUUUUUAUACGAUUUAUAUACGAUAUAAAGAGUAGAUAGAGAACGACGGAAUCGAGUUUAUGAUAAUAGUUUCUUAUCAGAUUCGGAUGGAGGAAGAUUUUCAAGACUUUAAUACACACAAAUUGACGUGUAUUUAAUGAAAUGCGCGUUUGUAUUUUCAAAUAGCCGCACAACAAAUCGAAAGUAAAAUACGUUAAAUAAGUAAACCUAGGACAAACAUACAUGUUUGUAGAAAAACUCGAAACUAGUAAGAGAUAUUUGUAUAAGAAGUAUUUGUAAUAUCUAGCGAAUCAUUAUAUAGUAUAUAAAUAAACAGGAAGGCGAAAUCUAAA